UGGAUCGCUGCGGAGGGUGCGCGCCGGCCCGCGGUCGCCGAACAAAGAAAUCGCGAGCCGCCGCGGGGACCCGCCACCGACCUCCCGGGCCGCGCCGGGGCCCGCCGCCCGCCUCCACCAUGACCGCCAACGGCACGACCGAGGCGGUGCAGAUCCAGUUCGGCCUCAUCAACUGCGGCAACAAGUACCUGACGGCCGAGGCGUUCGGGUUCAAGGUGAACGCGUCGGCCAGCAGCCUGAAGAAGAAGCAGAUCUGGACGCUGGAGCAGCCGCCCGACGAAGCCGGCAGCGCAGCCGUGUGCCUGCGUAGCCACCUGGGCCGCUACCUGGCGGCGGACAAGGAUGGCAACGUGACCUGCGAGCGCGAGGUGCCCGGCCCCGACUGCCGCUUCCUGAUCGUGGCGCACGACGACGGCCGCUGGUCGCUGCAGUCCGAGGCGCACCGGCGCUACUUCGGCGGCACGGAGGACCGCCUGUCGUGCUUCGCGCAGACCGUGUCGCCCGCCGAGAAGUGGAGCGUGCACAUCGCCAUGCACCCGCAGGUCAACAUCUACAGCCUGACCCGCAAGCGCUACGCGCACCUGAGCGCGAGGCCGGCGGACGAGAUCGCGGUGGACCGCGACGUGCCCUGGGGCGUCGACUCGCUCAUCACGCUGGCCUUCCAGGACCAGCGCUACAGCGUGCAGACCUCCGACCACCGCUUCCUGCGCCACGACGGGCGCCUGGUGGCGCGCCCCGAGCCCGCCACGGGCUACACGCUCGAAUUCCGCUCCGGCAAGGUGGCCUUCCGCGACUGCGAAGGCCGCUACCUGGCACCGUCCGGGCCCAGCGGCACCCUCAAGGCGGCAAGGCCACCAAGUGGGCAAGACGAGCUCUUCGCCCUGGAGCAGAGCUGCGCCCAGGUCGUGCUGCAGGCCGCCAACGAGAGGAACGUGUCCACGCGCCAGGGUAUGGACCUGUCGGCCAACCAGGACGAAGAGACCGACCAGGAGACCUUCCAGCUGGAGAUCGACCGAGACACCAAGAAGUGCGCCUUCCGCACCCACACGGGCAAGUACUGGACACUGACGACCGCCGGGGGCGUGCAGUCCACCGCCUCCACCAAGAAUGCCAGCUGCUACUUCGACAUCGAGUGGCGUGAUCGGCGGAUCACACUGCGUGCGUCCAACGGCAAGUUCGUGACGGCCAAGAAGAACGGGCAGCUGGCCGCCUCGGUGGAGACAGCAGGGGACACGGAGCUCUUCCUCAUGAAGCUGAUCAACCGCCCCAUCAUCGUGUUCCGCGGGGAGCACGGCUUCAUCGGCUGCCGCAAGGUCACGGGCACCCUGGACGCCAACCGCUCCAGCUACGACGUCUUCCAGCUCGAGUUCAGCGACGGCGCCUACAACAUCAAAGACUUGACCGGCAAGUACUGGACGGUGGGCAGCGACUCCUUGGUCACCAGCAGCAGCGACACCCCCGUCGACUUCUUCUUCGAGUUCUGCGACUACAACAAGGUGGCCAUCAAGGUGGGCGGGCGCUACCUGAAGGGGGACCACGCGGGGGUCCUGAAGGCCUGCGCUGAGACCGUGGAGCCCGCCACGCUGUGGGAGUACUAGGCCCCGCCGCCCCUCGCGCCCCCAUCCCCAGCCCGCCCCGACACCCCUCCCCCCCCCAGCUAAUCCUCCUCCAGGUGGGUGCUGCCGAGGGUGGCGCGCCCCUUGCCUUUCAAACUGGAAACCCAGAGAAACCGGUGUCCCUCCCUGUCGCCCGUGUGGCCUCUCCCCGGGCGGGUCAGAGGCUGCGGCCCGGUCCUCCGGCGGGCCGCGGCCCCCCGCCCUCUCCUCUGCGGUGGUCGAGGCUGGCACGUCUUUCUUCUGACCUCAGAUGACUCUGAGCCUUACUCCCCAAAGCGGCCGGCGAGCAGCGGGGGCCGGGCGCCCGGGUGUGGGGGCUGUAACUGGAAUCUCCUGCUCCCCCUCCCCGGCCGAGAUGCCCCAG